CCUCAGUCACGGCGAACCCAACGAGAGAGAAGGAGAACCCCAACCUUCCCCGAAUCUACCCUUGGAUCGAAACGAGGAGCUCAGCAAUGGCGAACGAGAGUGGGGACGAUGGCGGCGGCGCCGGAGGAGGAGGAGGAGGCGCCGCCGCCGCCGCCGCUUCAUCGGUGGUGGUGGAGGUGAAGAACCUCCGGUUCACGUACCCGGGGAUCGACGGGCACCCUCCGCCGGGCUCCGCCCCGCUCAUCGACGGUUUCUCCCUCGCUCUCCGCGCUGGCGACCGGUGCCUCCUCGUCGGCUCCAAUGGCGCCGGGAAGACGACGAUCUUGAAGAUCCUCGGAGGGAAGCACAUGGUGGAUCCCGACAUGGUGCGGGUGCUGGGGAGAUCGGCGUUCCACGACGUCGCGCUCACCGCCUCCGGCGAUCUCUCCUACUUGGGUGGAGAGUGGAGGCGGGAUAUCGCAUUUGCUGGUUUUGAGGUUGCUAUACAGAUGGAUGUUUCGGCAGAGAAGAUGAUCUACGGAGUUACUGGCGUUGAUCCACAAAGAAAAGAUGAGCUUAUUAAGAUUUUAGAUAUUGAUCUGUCGUGGCGCAUGCACAAAGUGUCAGAUGGCCAAAGAAGACGAGUUCAGAUCUGCAUGGGCCUUCUCAAGCCAUUUAAGGUUCUUCUUCUUGAUGAGAUCACAGUUGACCUCGAUGUUCUGGCAAGGGGCAACCUUUUAAGAUAUCUAAGGAAGGAAUGUGAAGAACGAGGUGCAGUGAUUAUCUACGCGACACAUAUUUUUGAUGGUCUCGAUGAUUGGCCGUCGCAUGUUGUAUAUGUUGCACAUGGGAAGUUGCAACUAGCAUUACCUUUGGAAAAAGUGAAAGAAAUGAGUAAUUUGUCUCUCAUGAGGACAGUGGAGAGUUGGUUGCGAAAAGAGAAGGAAGAGAACAGGAAGAGAAGAAAGGAGAGGAAGGCUAUGGGUCUUGCGGAGUACGAUAAGUCAGUCGAGGGCAGCCGAGUUGUAGGAGACCCUGCUAGAAGUGCGGCUCGAGUGAUGAACAACGGCUGGGCCGCUGGGCGACUGCAUUCGACCGUGGCCGGCGAGGAGAACUUCUUUUUCAGUUCUAACAGUGUUCUCAGGCAAUAAUUUAUUAUUACAACUCGUCAGAAAUGCCAAUUCAAAUAUUUUAAUUCCCAAAAGAAAGGCCUCUAACAAAUUAAGGUCUUUUUCACAAGGUAAAGAGUAAGUUCUUUGGAUAUGCUUGUUCUUAAGAUAGGUUUUCAACCUCUAAGCUCAUCACAGAGAGGCUUUUCUACAUGCUUUUCUGAAAAGCAGUUGCGAUAGCAACAGCUUUUGGCUGUGUAGUUAUAUUAGUACUCUGCACCACAUGCAGUUGAGAGAUUUAUUUCUCAGAAAUGCAGACAUGCUACAGUCCUGAGAAGCCUACUUUAUAAAUAAGCCAUUGUUCAUUUUGUUGUGAAUUACAUGUGAUAAAUCCUAUCACAUGUUCAACUUGGUCAGGAAUUUGUUGCUUGAACCGUGUAUAUUUUGAUUUAUGAAAUCAUAUGUAUCUGUUGAUGGGCUUCAGCACACUCACUCUGUAUUUAAGAGAUGUUAUUCACUUUUUAUGUUGUAUUUUCUUCUUA